AUGUCGGACCUUUCUCAUCCCGUAUCGCUACUGUCCGUGAGACUAAAUGACCGAGAUCACCACAGGGACCGGGACAGAAAGCCAUCCUCCUCUUCCUCCACAUCGUCCAGAGCCCGCCAUCACCGCUCAUCCCAGGGUCGGCCCUCCCGCCCCUCAACCAAGGAUCGAGACCGUGCCACUCCCACGGCUCGCUCCUCCACCACCUCUACCUCUCGACCAUAUCCCGCCUCGCAUCCUCAGCGUCGGUCCUCCAUGCCGGGCGUCGACACCGACAGCCGUUCCGCCACGGCGUCCUUUCUCGAGUCGAGGACGAGCCUGCCGUACCCGACUUUCUCUAAAGCUCAUAGUAGAGAGGCGGUCGGCAAACCGGGCAUCCCAACCCCAGACCCCACCGAUCUGACCGAGGAUAUCAAGGAGGGCGAAGAAUCAGGCAACGGUCACCGCACAGACAGCCAGCAUGUGCCGCCCAGCCCACCAUUGACGAGCGUCGAUCAAGGGUCCUCCCGCAAGGGGAGUACGCUAGGCGAGAAAGAAGACAAGGCGGCAGAAGAGAAGAAGGAGAAACCCAAAGAUGGAAAGACAAAGAUUCGCAUCCGAGCCGAGUCGACAAGGUCGUCGUCAAGUCUACGCUCGAGGAAGGACGAGGCACCCAGAUCCAGCAAGACGGUACGACCGGAGACUCCCAAGUCGAAGCUGUCGGGUCAAGACAAGGAAAAGGAUGUACCAUCGCGCGUCGCCAGCAAGAAGUCGUCCAAAUCUAGGAUCCUCGAUGAGGCUAAACUGCCUAGACGGUCUGCGAGCCGGAGCACUCUCUCCCCACCCCGAUCUCCCGCGACGGUGCGUGAUAUCGGAGCAUCAUCCGCCAACGGCUCUGACGCUACCAUUGCACCACACCAGCCGUCGAUCACCUCGCGAAAACCGAAAUCACCCCCUCAGAAGCCGCCAUCGCGGAAUCAGACCCGCUCGUCCAUGUCCCAUUCGUUCGGUCCGAGAAAUGGCUCUCCAGUGGACAUCACAUUCGACUACGGUCGGCCGCCUACCUCUAAUUCCACCUAUGGCGCACCACCUCCCCCUCCUCCGCCGCCAGAAGUGCCUGUCUCCAUCCCUAGGGUCGAUUACCUCCUACAGAAUGGUGGUUUAGACCACCGCGUACCAAAAACACUACUCAUUGGCCCUGAAAAUCUGGAGCUCCCACCUCAUCAACAGGCGCAGCCCCUAAUUGCAGCGUCCAGGGUAUUUGAUCCUUUUAAUCGCCUUCUCGACGAUUACCAGCAUGUCAUGUCCAAGAGCGGCUCAUUGGCUGUUGCGACAGGGUACCGAUCUGUGGCUCGACGGCUUCUCGACCGGCUAGAGGCUGUUUUUGCUCGAGAUAUCUCAUCGGAAUCGUGUCACUGUUUGAUGUGUGAUCACGAUGCGAUGGAAGAGCGCCCGUCUGGCGUCAGCUGGGGCGAGGUCUUGGAACUAGUGUCUGGUCGCAGGGAGCUUCCAAGCUGGCCGCCGUUUAUAAUGGCACCGACAGUGGAAGCCGAUUUGUCCGGUGACGAACACGUGCCCAUGCAGAAGAUGGACAUCGAUGUUCCAGAGGAAUAUCGCGAGCAUUUUAUGCGGCAGUCUCGCAAGACCAAGGUGGCAGUCGACAGGUGGUUGAAUGAGCAAGUCGUGCAGCCAACCAGCGCUCCUGAGGAGGUGGAUGACGAGACCUUGACUUUCGCAAUGUUGACGCACCUUGAUACUGAGCUGCGUCCGCUAUUCUGUUCCCUUCUGGGCAUCACAUCCACAUCAACACCAGCGCCGCGGACGGAUGACCAGCAACCUCGCUCGAGACCUCAGGCCCUCGUUUCCUCCUCCCACGCGAUUCAGCGACUGUACCGCCUCUCGUCUCUCCCGCGGGACCCAGAGACUGCCAUUUACAUGCUGAACAACCCAGGAAUUCACCAUGUGCUCGCCACUCUUGCCGCGAUUAGCGAUGACGAAUGGGACAUUCUGAUCUCCGGGCGUUUUGAUGGAUUCCUGCGCAGCGGUGCGGAGGACCCAAUCCCCGGCAUGCCAAGUGGAACUCCUUCGCGUUGGAAUAGUAGCCGGUCGAACACACCCUUUACUUCCGGCGGUAUCUCGCGCGGCCCUACCCCGAGCAUGGACGGCGGCUUCCGGCCGGCGAGUCAGCCAUGUGGCACAAACUCAUCGUCACCCGCCUCGUUCGGCGGCCCUAUCGCGCUGGACGAAGAAACUGAGAUUGCAGCGCUUGCAGAGAUCGAGCGGGAGAUUUUUCUCAGCAUGGAAGCGCUCGAGGACGCGUUUGAGGCUCUCCACUGCAAGGCGGAGGUUGUCCGGCGCGCUCUGCGCGAACGGGGGGCCGGGCUGUCGAUUGCCAACCAGAACCGCCGUGGUUCUUUUGUCGAGGCACGUCUUGGUACUCCGUCCUCCGCCCUGGGCACCUGGGAGAGCGGCACGGAGGAUGACUUCCUCGACGACGAUCGGUCGCUGGCACCGGACGAUUCAGCCAGCAACAUUAGCUCCAACCGGCGACGGCGGCCCAAGCGACGCACUGAGCGCCGCACACCUGCACCCGUUGAGGAGGAAGACGAGGAGGAGGAAGCGUCGCAUUCCAGCCGACGCGAUCGCGACCGCGUAUCUCGACGCAGAUGA